AAUUCAGUCCCCAUUUAUUAAAACAGUCUUUAAAUCUUUUAUGAUGAGAAAAAGACGUGUUUUGAAUAAACUGAGACUCAGUUUAGACGAUGCCAACGUGGGGAGGGGGCACCACCAUCCCUGUGUAGAAGACAGCUUUCAAGAGUGGUCCUCUCUUUCCACUGUGUUCCUUCCAGGAAUCCAACUCAGAACUUGGAGUUUGGCCUCAAGUGCCUUUACCACCCAGCCAACUCGCCAGUCCUAACGGAAAAGCCUGAACACUUAUCUUCCACAAGGGCUUCCAAUCCUCUGGCCCACCAGUGAGGACGAGUUCCCGUGGCACGGGGAGCUUAUUAGGUUGUGUCUUGUUUUGGUGCUCUUCUCAGGGGUGAAGCUGAGCCCGUGUCUCCGAUGUCAGGUGUGUUCUGUCCUAAGAUUGGCGAAGGGAAGGGCUGCUGAGAUCUGAAGAAACCGACAGCCCCCAGAGUACAGGCUGGGAGGGCCAAGUCAGCGGCAAUUCCUGCCGAGGGAUGGGUGAGAAAAUCCAGGAACGUUUGGGGAAUCUGGUUGGACAGGACCGUGGAAUACAGUUAGAGAGGUGAGGAUGCACGUCUGGAGUCAGACUCAAGGGUGGGGAAUUUGGCUUGGUCUCAGUGAGGGUCAAGAGCACAGACAGGUCCAAGUCGGGUUGUGCGCACCUCCCUGGGGCGGCUGGAGCUGGAGAGGCUGGCCGUGUUCAGUUACAGCCCGGGUCGCGUAGCGGAAGGGUCCUAGAAAGACGCGGUUGGAGCAGAGGAGAGGAGGCAGCACACUGGGGGCGGGAGUGUCCCCCAAGACCGAGACUGGAAGGGUACCGACCCCUGGUGGCACCGGCGGGAACCGUACCUCGCCAGGCCACAGUGAGCACAGCAGUCUUCGUGACGCCUGUGUCGCGCAGGAGCCAUGGGGAACCACCAGGAAGGCGCAGGCUCCCCUAGGUCUCACGCGAGCUUUCAGCCAGGGGGAGAGAGGCCGCUCUGAACCGGCAUCCGCGUCCACAUCUGGACCGCCCUCGCCAGCGGCGGAAUCCCCCCAAGCCAUGUGAAUUCUAGGGGUGGCCCCCCGCGCCUCCGCCUGCAGCUGCCCUUGCCUUAUAAGGCGGGGCCGGGCGGCGCCGGGGGAGUGGCUGCAGCCGCCCCUGCCCCUCCUGGCCCGGGCCAGCUGCUGGGACCCGCCACCCGGCGCAGCGCAGCGGCGGCGGAGCAGAGGAGCGCACACACAACCGGCCAUGGGCAAGUCAGCUUCCAAACAGUUUAAUAGCGAGGUCCUGAAGGCCCACAACGAGUACCGGGCUCAGCACGGUGUCCCCCCACUGAAGCUUUGCAAGAAGCUCAACCAGGAAGCUCAGCAGUAUUCAGAGGCCCUGGCCAGCACAAGAAUCCUCAAGCACAGCCCAGAGUCCAGUCGUGGCCAGUGUGGAGAGAACCUGGCGUGGGCAUCCUACGACCAGACAGGAAAGGAAGUGGCUGAUCGGUGGUACAGUGAAAUCAAGAACUACAACUUCCAGCAGCCUGGCUUCACCUCGGGGACGGGACACUUCACAGCCAUGGUAUGGAAGAAUACAAAGAAGAUAGGCGUAGGGAAGGCGUCUGCAAGUGAUGGGUCCUCCUUUGUGGUGGCCAGGUACUUCCCAGCAGGGAAUGUGGUCAACCAGGGCUUCUUCGAAGAAAAUGUCCCACCUCCAAAGAAGUAACUCUCAAACGUAACGAGAAGGCGGAGACACAUACAAAGUGCCUAUAGAACAACAAAGAGCCAGCCGAGCGUCUGUCCCCGUGGGUCUGUGUACUCUGGAGCAUCUCUUGUGCACACACUCUAGGCAGCUGCGCAUGAGCUCAUUUCCGGUUAAAGGACGGGCAUCUGAAGCAUUUGUCCAGAGGGUUACCUAGACCACCAUUACUUAGAUUUGAGUAUGAUCAAUUAUGACAUCUUUUGGCUGUUAUUUUUUUAAGCAGACUUCUUUUGUAUCUUUCUUACUUCUAAUAUCCAUCCUCGGACUUUGUGUGUUCUGAAUAUUUGCCAUGCUGAGCAGUGAGGUCAUGUUACAUGAUCAUCCUGCACUGUAAUCUCCUUUUGGUGGAUAUUGAAGAGUAUUAAACCUUCCUUUAAAUGUGACAUAAAACAACUUGCGUUAGAGACACGUGACCAGCUCCAUUUCAUGGAGUCAGUGAGAUUUUUCGUUCUCAGUGGGAAGACAUGAUAUCAUCCCACGUCCUCUGGGAUUCCCUAAAGGAAUUGCCAAAGAGCAAAUGGAGAAGGAAAGAGAAAAAAAAACACCUUACUUCCUUGCAGCUUUUACCCUUUAAAGAGCAAAUACCACGGCCACUAGCACCGUUCACACCUCACACAUUUUUUUAGUUUCAGUGCUUACAGCUCUAGCUCUGGCUCCUGGGGGUGGGGGUAGGGCUGGAAUGCAGCCCUGCCCCCCACCCUCAUCUCCCUGGACCCUCACACUGCUUGGGCUUUUGGCCAAGGCCUUGGACUAUGAAGUCAGUGGUGUAGGGGGGAGGAUGAGCUCACUUGGGGGCCCUGGAGGAAACCCCACAGCCUCUGUCCUUCCCCACCCCAGCAGGCAGUGACCACCCAGGCUCGUCCUGUCCCGGCAGCUGCCGCUGAGCAGUACUCCGUCCUGGAAUGUGUGGCAAGCCCAAAUGCUCCCCGGAGCAUUCCCAAACCGGGAGCUCAAGAACGCUAAUUCGAUUCUGUGUUUUGCCUCAGACUAUACAGAGUUCCCUCUGAACAGCUGUUUAACCAGGUCCACUCGGGAGGGACCAAGCCAGAGGUCCAGUUGAGUGUCCCUGGAAUGAUGGUAUCUCCUUCUGCCAACCUAAGGGCUGGAGGAAGAGGUUGUUGACCUAAGGACGGAGGAGGCUGGUGGGUCUUCGUUACACUGUGAACAGUGUCACGCUGUGCCACUUGGUUCGUCCGGGGGUAUCGCCUAACGAGACAAUAAAAUCCUUUCCUUUUGUGUAA